AUGGCGGAGGGCGAGGGUUUGCUGUCCGUGGACUACGAGGUGUCCGGCAAGGUGCAGGGCGUUUUCUUCCGCAAGUACACCCAGGGGGAGGCUAAGCGGCUUGGACUCGUUGGUUGGGUCCAAAAUACCAGCCAUGGCACUGUGCAAGGGCAAGUUCAGGGCCCAGCUGCCAGGGUGCGGGAGCUGCAGGAAUGGCUUAGGAAGACAGGAAGUCCCCAGUCCCGCAUCAGCCGAGCAGAGUUCAGGAAUGAGAAGAAGAUUGAGGCACUGGAGCAUGGCGACUUCCAGAUUGUGAAAUAA